AUGUCGGAAAGCGAGAAGUACGAGAUACUAGAAAAGAUCGGCCAUGGCUCCUUCGGGAUCAUCCGCAAAGUCCGGCGCCGAACAGACGGCAUGGUCCUCUGCCGCAAAGAGAUCAGCUACCUCAAAAUGUCCCAAAAAGAGCGCGAGCAGCUCCACGCCGAGUUCCAGAUCCUCUCCACCCUCCGACACCCCAACAUCGUCGGCUACUACCACCGCGAGCACCUCAAAGCGAGCCAGGACCUGCACCUGUACAUGGAAUACUGCGGCAACGGGGAUCUCGGCCGGGUGAUCCGUAGCCUGCAGGACAAGAACCAGUAUGCUGAGGAAUCGUUUGUGUGGAGUAUCUUCUCGCAGCUGGUGACGGCGCUGUAUCGGUGUCAUUAUGGGGUUGAUCCGCCUGAGGUGGGCAAGGCGGUGCUGGGGUUGGGGUCGACGGCGAGACCGAAACCGCCGACGGGGGGGAUGACGAUUCUGCAUCGGGAUUUGAAGCCGGAGAAUGUAUUUCUCGGAGAGGACAAUUCGGUCAAGCUGGGCGACUUUGGGCUGUCCAAGGUGAUGCAAUCACACGACUUCGCCUCGACCUACGUCGGCACGCCAUUCUACAUGUCGCCCGAGAUCUGCGCGGCCGAAAAGUACACGCUCAAGUCGGACAUCUGGUCCCUGGGGUGCAUCAUCUACGAGCUUUGCACGCGCGAGCCGCCGUUCAACGCCAAGACGCACUUCCAGCUGGUGCAGAAGAUUAAAGAAGGCAAGAUUGCGCCGCUGCCGGCUAUCUACUCGGCCGAGCUGUUCGCCAUCAUCAAGGACUGCCUGCGGGUGAACCCGGACCGGCGGCCCGACACGGCCAUGCUGCUCAACCUGCCCGUGGUGCGGCUGAUGCGCAAGGAGAAGGAGGUGGUGGAGUUCAGCCGGACGCUGAAAGCCAAAGAGGAGGCCAUCAACCGGCGGAUGCGUGACCUGGACCAGAAGCUGGCGACCCUGGACCAGGACAAGGCGUCGAUGCGUCACGAGAUUGAUGCUUCUCUGCGGCGGGAGUGGGAGGUGAAGGCCCGGUUGGAGAUUGACCGGCUCGUGGGGCAGGAGAUUGAGCAGCUGCAGCGCAAGUUUGAUCACGAGGUGCGUCUGCGCGUGGACGCCGAGGUGCAGCAGUUCAAGCGGGACGAGGAGGACCGGCAGGACCGGCAGGACCUCCGCUCAUCGGUCUCGCGGUCUGAGUACCCCUAUUCCUCGAUCGGGAGCCAGAACGACGCCGCCGAGCUGUCCGCUGUCACCGACAUGUCGGAGCUGUCGGGCGAGGAGUCCCCUUCUGAUGUCCCGACCACGACGGCGCACACCAAGAAGAGCACGACAAAUCUUAACACGAACAUCAACCCCAACGCGCGCACACCGUUUGGCCGGGCGCAGACCAUGUAUGCCAUGGCCCCCGCGGGCACGCCCAUGGACAUCGAGAUGGCGUCCCCCUCACCCAUCGCCAUUGCGUCGCUCUCCCUCUCACCCCGACGCCACGUCGGCACCAAAGCCCCGGUGGUCAACCCAGGGAAUAUCUUCACCGCCCAGUCGCGGUGGACCGGGCGGGAAGACGACGAAGCAGCCGGUCGGGGCGGCUCGGACCACGACAACCUCGGCGAUGACGACCACGGCCUGGUCGACGACCUGGACGAUGACGACGACGACGACAUGCCGCUCCCGUCGCCCACGCGCAUGAUCAAGUCCAUCAAGAACCCCUUCCUCGCCAAGGGCCGACCGCAACUGCACGCCCAAAAGUCGAUGCCAGUCCACCGGGUGCAAUCUAAGCCAUCGCAGCCGGGGCUCGCAUCACAGGGCAAGACCAUUCCCGUGGCUGCGUCGACGCCGGAUCUGCACACGGCGCGGAGCGCGGGGGAUCGCAGCGGCACUACUAGUCCUAGCAGGCGACUUAGCAAGAUCCCUUCGGCUGCGAGCCUCAAGGCUAAUAACAGCGGGAAUGCGCAUGACGGGCAGUUGAACAGCAAGCCGUCGAUGGGGAAUGUCGCAGGUGGGAAAAAGGAGAAUAUCAUCAACGACUCCCACGAGCAGAAACAGCAACCGCAGCAGCAACAACAACAAGGCUCAAACGCUAACAGCAAGAGCAAGACCCAAGUCCGCGGCCGCACCCUCGUCGAACUACAACAAGCCCGCGCCGGCGGCCGUCCACUAAGCGCCGUCUACCCGAGCGAAUACUCCGCCAACAUGGUGACGGGCGGCAGUGCUCCCCAACAACAACAACAACAACCACCGACAGUGAACACCGGAGUCGCCGGCAAUGCUAGUCCCAUGCGGGCGUUCAGGGAACACGCGGCGGCUGCGAAUCGCGGGGCGGCGGCGGUGUGGGAUCCGGAGACGGAUGAUAUGCCCAGUCCGUUUAUUGUGAGGAGGAAGCCUAUUCAUGGGUUUGGGGGGCAUGGGAACGGGCAUGGACAUGGACAUCGGGGGGGUGAGAGGGGGAGUGCCUAA